GCUUCUUGAACACAGUGGUUUGAAGGUUUAUGCUUGAACAAGCAUAUUUCCUGGGCAAGGUUGCAAUAGUUUUCAAAAUGCAAACGCAGCAAAGGAAGCCAUUGCCGCACUUCAUUUUUUAUUUUGCAUGCACGUUAUUGGAAAAGAGUUAUUUUUAACGUACUGUAGGACGUUAAGCCAAGAUCUUCCAGCUGCAAACUGUCCACCUUGGUUUUACACUGUCACUAUCUUUCAAGGUGGGGGGUUGGUGAACGUAAACAUUGGCUUGGCGCUGAUGCAUCCCAAAGUGUGUGUUCGUGCGCGGUCUUAUGCUUUCCACAAGAAAUUUCACAGUGUCCCCACCACGUCUAUCUGCGUACACUGGUAAAUAGAGAGGACUGAUGUGGUUUGUGCUGUGUCUGAUCCUCGGAGAGGGACGGGGUCUUUGUUUUGACAGAGUGACAGCUGCUGGAGGGGCGGAGGAUGUUGUUGCUUCAAGGCGCAUGCUCAAUGCAGCGCCGCCAGCUUAUGGUGACCGGCCUCCUCACCCCUCCUCCUCAUACUGUAGAGGGCUGAGGGAGCCUGUAAGUGUAAUGGCUGGAAGAGUCAGAACCCUCCUCCUACACCCCCUCGAACUGACCAGCAGUCCAACACAGUCAACCUGCAGGAGCCCUGCCGCAGCUGCUCCCACACUUUGGGUGAUCAUGUGACACAUCUAGAAAAUGUUUCAGAAGAGGAAAUGAACAGACUUUUAGGUAUUGUCUUGGAUGUGGAGUAUCUCUACACGUGUGUUCACAAAGAGGAGGACGCCGACACUAAACAGGUCUACUUUUCCCUCUUCAAACUACUGAGGAAAUCCAUCCUACAGAUGGGUAAACCUAUGUUAGAAGCACAGGAGAGUCCUCCAUUUGAAAAACCCAGCAUUGAGCAGGGAGUGAACAAUUUCGUCCAGUAUAAAUUCAGCCACCUGCCAUCAAAGGAACGUCAAACAAUCAUGGAGCUCGCUAAGAUGUUUCUCAACCAGAUCAAUUACUGGCAGCUGGAGACGCCCUCCCAGAGACGCCAGAGGGUGCCCAAUGAUGAUGCAGCAGGAUACAAAGCCAACUAUACCAGAUGGCUUUGCUACUGCAAUGUGCCCCAGUUCUGUGACAGUCUUCCCCGGUACGAGACUACUCAGAUCUUUGGCCGGACACUGUUGCGUUCGGUGUUCACUGUGAUGAGGAAACAACUGCUGGAGCAGGCCAGACAAGAAAAGGACAAGCUACCGCCUGAAAAACGCACACUCAUUCUCACACACUUUCCCAAAUUCUUGUCAAUGCUGGAGGAGGAGGUGUACAGCCACAGUUCUCCGAUCUGGAGCCAAGAUUUCUUGGCAGUAGCGUCAGGAGGGCAGGUUCCCAUCCACACAGUUAUCAGUGCAGCCCCUGUGGCCAGACCAUUGUACCACAGCACUAGUCCGGUGUCAGCGGACCCAUCCACCUGUGGCAGUGUCAGUCCCGCAAGGAAAAUAGCUUCUGUGCUCGAGCCAAAUUCAGUUGGAGAGAAGCGUAAACCCUCAGAUCCCCUUCCCCAUGAGGAAAACAAGAGACCCAGGGUGGUGGGUGACAUCCCCAUGGACCUCAUCAAUGAAGUCAUGGCAACGAUCACAGACCCUGCUGCCAUUCCUGAGACCAGUCUGCUGUCAGCCCACUCUGCACGUGAUGAAGCUGCUCGUCUAGAGGAGCGCAGGGGGGUGAUUGAAUUCCACGUCAUUGGUAACUCCCUAAACCAUAAGCCCAAUAAGAGGAUCCUGAUGUGGCUCGUUGGUCUUCAGAACGUGUUCUCCCACCAGCUUCCCCGCAUGCCAAAGGAGUACAUCACACGGCUGGUAUUUGAUCCGAAGCAUAAAACGCUGUCACUGAUCAAAGACGGUCGUGUCAUUGGAGGGAUCUGCUUCCGGAUGUUUCCAUCACAGGGUUUUACAGAGAUCGUCUUCUGUGCUGUCACCUCCAACGAACAAGUCAAGGGAUAUGGGACCCAUUUGAUGAACCACCUGAAGGAAUAUCACAUUAAGCAUGAAAUCCUGAACUUUCUCACUUACGCUGAUGAGUACGCCAUUGGCUACUUCAAGAAACAGGGUUUCUCAAAGGACAUCAAAGUUCCCAAGGCCAAGUAUGUGGGCUACAUCAAGGACUAUGAGGGAGCCACCCUCAUGGGCUGCGAACUCAACCCCAGCAUCCCCUACACCGAGUUCUCUGUUAUCAUCAAGAAGCAAAAAGAGAUCAUCAAGAAGUUGAUUGAGAGGAAGCAGGCUCAGAUCAGAAAGGUCUAUCCAGGACUUUCCUGUUUUAAGGAAGGAGUUCGGCAGAUUCCCAUUGAAAGCAUUCCAGGCAUACGUAUGUUAUGUGAAACUGGCUGGAAACCUGUAGGUAAAGGGAAGGAACUGAAGGACCCAGAUCAGUUGUACAGCACUCUGAAGACCAUCCUCCAACAUGUGAAGAGUCAUCAGAACGCCUGGCCUUUCAUGGAGCCUGUGAAGAAAACAGAGGCACCUGGGUACUACCAAGUCAUUCGCUUCCCCAUGGACCUCAAGACAAUGAGUGAGCGUCUGAAGAGCAGGUACUAUACAACCCGCAAGUUGUUCAUGGCUGACAUGCAGCGCAUCUUCACCAACUGUCGUGAAUACAACCCCCCAGAAAGCGAGUACUACAAGUGUGCCAACUUACUGGAGAAAUUCUUCUACACCAAGAUCAAAGAAGCAGGCCUUAUCGAGAAGUAGAUAAGAGGAAGGAGACAUUUCUUUUUACCAUUACAAAGGACGAGACGGUCCUCAGAAAGACAGCUUUAUGCGUGCAUGGACGAGUCAAGAAGAGGACCACUAAUUCUGGAGCAGUUAGGUUUCAGAAGUAUAUCUUGAUGUAAAAGGUGCACACCGGUUUCAAAUCAGCACUCUUUUAAUGGCCCUGACCUGAAGCAGUAGCUUAGACCGAUAAGUACACUGAAGGAUAGGCGACAAGGAAAGGCCUCAUUGAAGAGCUGCAAGAUUUUUGCUGAAAUGAAACAAAGUUUUCAUAUUCCAUCAUGUACUCCAAAGUCCCAUGGAAAGAAGGAACAGUGAAAAGUUUUAAUAGUAAUACAUAUUAAACAGGGCAGACGGCUUCUGUUAUUUUUGUUAGACGCUGAAAGGCAACGCCGAACGACAGCUGACUGGAGUUUCACCAUGGUCUGUCUCCAUUUCUCCUUUCAUGCUGUCAACCACUGCCUUUUGCAGUGUCUGCCUCCUCUCAGCUGACUCAGGUAGCGAAGUCACAAGCAGUAACUACAUCUGCUGUGUAUUAAGUCGAGUGUUACCUGUGAGAGUAGUUGUUCUUGUCUAUACAGCUUUGUUCCUGUGAGCGCGUUCGUUGUUAAUGAGGUCAAAGUUUGUCUGUGAUGAGUUCGUUGUGCCAAAUGAGGAAUACAGUACAUUUGUACAGAUUUCACAGCACUUAAAACACCUGUAUAUUUUAAAUGUUUAUAUAACAUAUAUUUUCUGUUUCAGAACUAAAAAAAACUUUUUUAAAAGCCUCCGAGGGCAGUUUGACUAUCAAAAUGCACUUUUAUUUUUCCAAGCAUUAGUAAACAUAAAUGAGUCUUUUCUUCAGAAUUUGUUUUAAAAAAAGCUAUCACUGUUGACUGAGGACUAAUUUAUCUAUCUAGAGUUUAUUCUUAUUUAUGUGCUGUAAUUUAAAAAAAAAAAAAAGAUGCUUAAGACAAGGUCUUAAUUUAUUCUUUCUUAUUUUUGUCCAGCAGAUGGAGAUUGCUAACUUUAUACUUUGGAGAUAAAUGACAAGAUUGUGCAAUACUAUGUAGUUUUGCUGUUUUGUAAAAAGGUGUUUGUACUUUUCAAACUUUAGGGGAAAAAUACAUUUUGUAAUAUGUCUGGAAAAAUUAUUUCAUGCUCUUUGUACAAUUGGUUUUAAUGACAUAGUAUUAGCCUAUUUUAUAGACUGAAUAAAACAGAAGUGAGGCUCAUUUAGUGUCUGUAGUUUUUCUACUGAAAGACAUGAAAGAAUUUCUCAAGUAAGAGUUUUACGGUUGGCCACAUGACCAGACACCUUUUAGAUCUAAUACAGAACGCAGUUUCACCACAAGAAUAAUAAAUAAUGGUACAUUGUUGUGCGUGUUUUUAUUUGCAUCGGUCAUUUGCAAAAGAUUUUUAAUUCAUCAGCUAAUCAAUUCGGACUUGACUUCCUGGAUCCAAACUAAGUUCCAUCUGAACUGUGAUGCGUUGAGAUGUUCGCUGGUCAGAAUAAACCAAGUCCAUCACUUCCAUGUUUCAACCCUGGUGGUGUCGCUGUGUGAUUGGCUGGCUUCAGAUCUACGCAACAGGAAAUGUGGUAAAAAUGGGGUCUGACCCUCUCCUAAUAAUUAAUAAUCAUAUGAAUACAUUGUGUGUAAUAUAUACGUACUUGCACAGACAAUUUGUGAAAUCAUUCAAGAAUAUCCCCGUGACCCCGUUCAGGGACUGAGCGGUAGAAAAUGAAUGAAUUCAAGAAUAUUAAAACUUAGGUCA